AUGAACGGUCUGCCUGACGAAAUUCUUUCCAGAAUUCUCUUUCUCGCAGCAACCCCCCACAUCGACUCUCAACUCGACGCUGCCGCGAGUGACACGGUGCCCAGCGUGGAUUCCGAUGUCAGCCCGUGCCAUGGCAUGGGGAUGGUGUCGAAGCGAUGGGCCUCGCUGCUGCCCGUCGUGCGCAUCACCGCUGCUGCAGACUCGCCAUCUCGUCGGGAGGACUCUGCCGAUCAAUACGACUCGCUGCUUCCCGCCUCCACGCUCUCCGCGCCCGCGCUCUUCCGCGCCUUGUCCCGCGCGCCAAGCGUGACUUCACUCACGCUGGGCGAUGACGCCCUCGAUCUCUACGACCACCACUUCCUUACCUCGCUGCUCGCCGCUUGUCCCAAGCUCACCUGCGUGAGCCUCGGCGAGCCUUGUUUUACCGCCGCACCGCCGCCCUUCACGAUCGGCCUCGCACCGCUCGACUCAUUCUUCCGCGCCGCAGCGCCGCAGUUACAGGAGCUCGCGCUGCUGCUUCCUCCCGUCGUCACGAGACUUCCUGAUUCCAUCUCGUCGCUGUCCUCGCUGCGCGUGCUUCGCCUGCGCUCCAACACGUUGCAACAGCUCCCGGACGGACUGUGCCAUCUGCGCGCACUUCAGGAGCUGCAUCUCACCUGCCCCAUGCUGCAGGAGCUGCCCGAGAACUUGGGGCAGCUGAAAGCUUUGAGGCACCUGUCCAUGAGGAGGGGGUGCAGGAGCUCGUACCGCCCGCCCGAUUCUCUAGGCGACCUCUCGUUGCUCUCCUCCCUCCGCAUUAACGGAAAUCUGCAGCAGCUGCGGCGCCUGGAGCUGCAACACUUCGAGGGCGAGCUGCCAGACGCGUGGGCGAAGCUGGAAGAGGUUUCGCUGGACAAGUGCAGCAUGCGCUCUCUCCCGCCCACAUGGCUGGAGACCCUCACUCGCCUCACCCUCUGCUCCUGCGACCACCUCGAGCCUCUCCCCAUCCACCACAUCCCCUGCGAUUUACCGCUGCGACACUUGACUGUUGAGGAUGUCUUCAUCCCCUCUCCCCCUCCUCACCUCGCCCGCCUGCUUUCACUUCGGAAAUUAUGCAUCAAGGAUAGCGCCUACUUUCCACACACUGGGACCUUUGUUCCAGACAACAUCAGCGAGCUGGUGGCACUGGAGUGGCUGGAGCUGAAGGGGCGUGUCCCAGAGAAGAGGGUUCUAUCAUUUCUGGAAAGGAUGACCAGGAUGACUAGUCCAGAAGAGCUGCUCGCACAGUGUAAUCAGUUGGAGCAUCUGCCUCAAGAGUUUGGCUCCCUUGGGGCACUAACGAAGGUGACUAUUGAGGGGGUGUUUUCCUCUCUGCCAAACACUCUCAGCGGCCUGUCUUCCCUGCAAGAAGCAUCCUUGACCUCCCCAGUUCUUGCCAGCCUGCCUCCCUCCUUUUGUCUCCUCUCUCGCCUGCACACACUCACCAUAACCGGCAGUGGCUGCCUUGUCACCCUGCCCGCUGAUUUCGGCUCCCUAGGCGCCCUCCAACGCCUCUCCAUCCACUCCUGCUCUCACUUGCAGAGCCUUCCCGACUCGUUCUCCUCGCCCGUCUCCCUCGUCCGUCUCACCAUCACACAGUGCCCUAACCUUUCCAACCUCCCUCAUGGUUUCGGCUCCCUGCCCCGACUAGCCUGGCUGACAAUCAACGGCUGUGAAUCCUUCACUCACCUGCCCGCCUCCUUCCCCUCUCUGCUGUCCCUCCGUGUGGCCGACUUCCGCCGCUGCGAGCGCCUGCACUCACUGCCUCCUCAGAUGGGCCUGCUGCCGCUCCUGGAAGUGCUGCAUCUACAGGACCGUUCAGCACUCAAGUCUCUCCCGGAUUCACUCAGAUGGGCCAGGUCACUCAGGCAUGUCGAUGUGUCUUACAGUGGGUUGGAUAAAGAGGGAGGUUCGGCGGGCUGGUGUGGCACAGGAGUAUAG